AGAGUAAUUAUUUCACAAGCUGCAGUGCUUUUCCUUCUCAACUAACACACUCCUGCUUUUCUCCUUGUGUAGGCUUGCACACCAUAUUUUUCAACCCGAAACCACCCUCUCUACUUAUCCCUUCUCCACUAAAUUCUUCUGUUUUUUCUCUAUUUCUCUUUCUCCACCGCCAAUAUCUUCCUCGUCCGGCCACCAGAACAACAAUUUGCAGUCUUAAUCCCUCAACCCAACUGUCGAAACCCUAAAAAAAGCUAUGGACUUCCAACAACCGCAUCCUUACAAUCGUCCACCUCCACCACCACCACAACCACCGUUACCUCCUCCGCCGUCCAUGGCGGAUCCUCACUAUCAGCUUCCGCAUUCUCAACGACCGCCGGUCCCGUCACCUGGUUCAUGGUACUCGAACCAAUUCCAAUACCACCCUCACCAAUCUCCCCCGCCCCCUCCUCCUCAUCAGCCGCAGCAGUGGGGUCCACCACCCCCCCCUCCUCCGCCAUUUCCUGGACCUCCUCCUCAGGGUGGACCUUAUCCACCACCCCAUCAUAUUCAACAACAGGCUCAGUAUCCACCUCCUCUUCCCCCGCGGCCUCAUCUUCCCCAAUCUUCUCCUCAUGGAAAUCAGGACUGGGGCAGUAUGAACUGGGGUCAACAGCAAAGUUGGGGAAACUCAGUAGCACAUAGCAAUGAGGAUUGGGCUGCAAAGGCCCGAGAGUGGGCUGCUUCUAAGGCUGCUAGUGACCAUCAGCACCAGCACUUGCAAUUUACACAUGAUAGUAGGUCAGAACAGCAGAGUCAUUACUAUGAGCAAUACACUCAAUCUGCUGAUCAACAUCUUGAAGAUAUGCAACAACCACCAUCAAGUAAUCAACACUCCAUGACUCCUGUGGCACCUCCUCAGAGGGCAUCGUUUGGCCAUUUGCAGGGGCCCUCAUUCUUCAGCUCUGGGCAAUCUCCUUAUGUUCUACCUUACACUGCUAGAGAUGGAAAUUUCACUGGAGAUUCAGUUGCUUCAUUCCCUCAGCAAGGAAACUCAUCCAUAAGCCCAUUAGUCCAUCAGCAGGAGGUACCUUCUAGUUAUUCUUCUAUUACAGGUAAAGAAGAGGCUGGAAAUCAACAUGAGGCGUUCUAUGGUUCUUCACCUUUGCCUACCAACUCUUCUCAGCAGCAACAUGCACAACUAACGCCAGCACCCAACAAAACUGCAGUGAUGGAAGAGCGUCAUUACAACAUGGGUCCUGAUCUUAGUGAUCAGCCUUUGGAUUUUGCACCUUGUUUUAAUCAUGAGCACGACCGACAUUCCCAGCCCUAUUAUGUUCGUGCUGAUUCAGGAGGCUCUCUGGGGGUUGCAGAUCAUGUUUCAGCAAUGCCUUCCAAUUAUAUGUGGCCUUCUGCUGCUGCUCCUGGUGCUGCAUAUCCUCCUCUUCCUCCAAUGCCUCCAGUUGGGUCUCAGGUUGAUCCUUCUGUUGUUGGAGCUUCUCCAGCCCCUGAACACACUGCACCCCUCUUUGGAAGGGCACAGAGUUCAAGCUUCCACUCACCGUCAGUUGGUGCACACUUCGGUGUUGGUGCGGGGGGCACCCAGCAUACUGCAGCAGCUUUUCCUGCUGAUGCAUAUGGGAUUUCUGAUCGCCCUAAAAAGGCUGCUGUUCCAAACUGGCUUAGAGAGGAAAUAAUAAAGAAGAAAGCUGUCAUCACUACUUCAGCUCAAGAGCUUCCAAAGGAAGAUUCUCAAUCUAUUGAAGAUGAAGGUGUCAAUAAAUCUUACCAGAAAGUUGACCAGGCUGAUAGUAAAAGCAUCGAUUCUUCAAGGUCAACCGAGGAAGAGGAUGAUGAUGAGGUUGAGGUGGAAGCAGCACGAACUGCAGCGAUGAAUAAGGAAAUAAAGCGUGUCCUAACUGAAGUUCUUUUAAAGGUUACUGAUGAGCUAUUUAAUGAGAUUGCCACAAGGGUUCUUAAUGAAGAGGAUCUCGCUGUUGAUGUUGAGCAAACAAAUGGUGCUUCCAGUCAGAAGGUGUUAGCAUCUGUUCAAGCUGUUACAACUCCCAAGGCCUCUGCCAAGGUUCUGAUACCAAACAAACUUGAAGAGGCUCAUUCUGUUAAUGCCGGUGAAAAAUCUACUUCCACUUCUCCUGGGGAUCUGUUAGGCCUUGCUAACUAUGCAUCAGAUGAUGAGGAUGACAGCGAAAUCCAGAGUUCUGAUAAGCGAAAGCCCGAAGAGCAUGAAAAUGGAAAAUCACAUGAAGAGUCUGAGGAGCAUGAUAGAUCUCCUGCAAACCUGGAAAAAAAUCCUCACAAACUGCGUCCCAAUGUUGGCACUGAUGACAGGUCAACUGGAUAUUCUGCACAUGAAGAUGCUGGAGGCUCCUCUAAGACUCAGUCCAGAGUUCCAGAGGAUAAGAUGCCAGGUGGGAAGGAUGUCGUGAGAACCGAAAAGCUGUCUCAGACUCCUGACUUCAAAAAUACUAAAAUAGAUACUUCCAGAAGCGAAGACAGAAGAGAUAAGGCGGAUAAGAGCGGUAAACGUGAAGUUAGAAAGGGUUCUGACACUAAAGAUAAUGGUAUGCACAUUACAAGCUCAAAGGACAGAAAAACUGAGAUAGAAGAAGAAAAUCGUGGGCAUCAUGAGGAAAGACGUUCUAGAAAGGAAAAAGUGAAUGAUUUAGAUGGUUCAAAAGAUAUUGUGAAGGAGAAAAGCCGUAAGUCAGGGGAAAAAGCCAAGGAAUCUGACUCGAGGAAAAGGCCCUCACCCUCUAAUGCCAAGGAAGAAAGAAAGGAGACAGAAAGAGAUAGCAGAGCUGGUGUCAUCACAGAUAAUGGUAGAAAAGGAGAGAGAACUAAGGAUGAGAAAAGAGAAAAAUCUAGUCGUAAAGAUGAAAGGGGCUCCAGCAGACAUAAAAGACAUCGUUCAUCUUCUAAUGAUAGCAGGGGUAGAGAGCGCAAGGACCACUCAACUCGUGCCAAUGAUCCCAGUGAUGAAUCUUCAGAUGAUUCUAGAAGGAAGGUGCGGUCAAAUAGACACAGAUCACCAUCGCCACUCAGGUCAACGAAAAGACAUGUUUCGCGGUCUCCUCAUAGCAAGCACUCUCAGCACAGGCAUUUUCCUUACCCUGCUAGUGAAAGCAUCAGGGGAAGAAGGUCAAGGUCGAGAUCAAGAUCAAGGUCUCCUAAUCGUAGGAAAAGAUGAGCAACGGAGUACCUGGAGUCGAGACAGAAUAAUUAAGGCAAAUGACCUUGCAUAGUCUUAUUGGCUAUCGCCUUUGGCUGUUACGUGGAAAGUGGAUGCACCAAUUGACCUGUUUGAAAUCCUCUCUAAUUGCCUUUGGCUGUUAAGUAUGACAAUAGAUAUGCAAGUUGACCUAUUAAAGUCCUUUCCGAUUGUGGCUGACAGGAGUAAAACUGUCAUUCCCUGGUGCAGAGGAUUAAUGAUAUAAGAGGUUCAUGGUGCCUGUACCUGUUAUCUGCUUGUCUGUUGUUGACUUUUGCGACAGUAUUAGUUAUAAUAUGAGGUUGAUAAAUUUUGUUAGCUGUAAAUUGUAUUUGGAGGUGGUUGUGUGUCUGAAGAAGAGGUGAACUAACACUCGACCAUCCAUUAUCAUUUUCUAUUUGGUACUAGUGUUCCUGGGAAGGUGAAUCCCAGAUCCGUUAUGCAAUUUUAAAUAAUUAUAUUGUUUCUGUGAGGGGGAAAAACCAGAAUAUUAGGCAUCAUGUACUGAAGACGAGCAUUGUGCUGGGGAAGGUGGAAGAGUGCAGGAAUCUAUGCUAACUCGUGGACAUGCUUGUAGUGAAAAAGUUUCAGCUAUCUAGUUGUGAUUUGCUUCCCAGUGUUGCUAGUUUGUGAAAGGGUGGCUGAUAAAUCACUCUCUGAAGUUUAAAUGUCUGUAAAGCAAGAAAACUGAAAGAAAACAAUACCACUAGCAUGUUUUUCAAUUUAAAAGCAAAUUGUAUCUAUGGAGGCGUUAUAGUUUGCUUUAAAUUAUAAAUUAUUUACUUGUAUUAGCGUGAAA